UCAGUGUCUGAUGACGAAUUUCCCCACAAAUCAUUAUCACUCAAUUCUGCAAGUGGUUCUGAUUUACUAUCGCUUUUCUAUUUGGUCUAAAACCGCUUUUGACCUAAAGGGACGCUUUUUGGACGCCAUGGACAUUUCUCAGUUUCCAGGCAGAAAGAACAGUCAAAAUGCAGGCAGGGCACAGGACAAAGCACUAGGGACAAAAUGUAUGUGAAAUGGUUUGAUACAGUAAUGUUUUACUAUGUGAUUUUAGUGUAUUUUAGUGAAUGUCACUUUUUCACAUUUUUAAAUUUCCCGCCAGUUCCGUCCCCCGUACAUCCUGACGUAGCAGAGAACGGAACCCAGAAGACAGAUGCCGGCAUCGGCCGGAGGACAUUGCCGGGGACACUGCAAGAAGGACA